ACCCACCUUUGUGACAUUCUCUCUGUUGCUAAGCAACAGACAGGAAUGGGGCUCCAUUUACCCCAGGAUCCCUAGGAGAAGCUUUGGAUUGAGGAGCUCCAACAAGGAAGCUGUGGAGCUGCAAAGGGAAGGAGGGACGAAAGUAGAUCUCCGAGAUGCUGCGGCUUGUUGUGCAGUCGGCCAAGAUUGACCCGCCACUGGCCCCCCUACCCAGGCCCUGCGUGUCCGUCGACUUCAGAGAUGUCAAGAAAAGAACUAGCGUGGUGGAAGGGAAUGAACCCGUGUGGAAUGAGACCCUAAUCUGGCACCUCUGGAACCGCCCCCUGGAAAAUGACUCCUUCCUGCAAGUCAUGCUUCAGGACAUGGGCUCACAAAAGAAAGAAAGGUUCAUUGGCCUAGCCACAGUACUGCUCAAGCCAUUGUUGAAACAACCAAGUGAGGUCCCUUUUGUGAAGGACUUGACCCUGCUCAACCAUUCUAUGAAGCCCACAGAUUGUACCGUCACCCUACAGGUGGCCUACAUAAGCAACCAGGAUAUUGAGAAAACAGGAGCUGAAGACCUCCUGGGCAUAACAGCAAGAGAGACGGCCAGGCAGAAACUGAUGGUCCCUGGCUCCACCGUGCACCGGGCUCUGUCCUCAAAGCCUCAGCACUUUCAGGUUCGAGUAAAGGUGUUUGAAGCCCGACAGCUCAUGGGCAACAACAUCAAACCAGUGGUGAGGGUGUCCAUUGGAGGCCAGAAGCACCAGACACGUAUCAAGAUGGGAAACAACCCUUUCUUUAACGAGAUCUUCUUCCAGAAUUUUCACGAGGUUCCUGCAAAGUUCUUUGAUGAGACCAUCUUACUCCAGGUGGUAAACUCCUCAGCAAUGAGAUACAAAGCAGAGAUCGGGAGAUUUCAAACGGAUGUUGGGUUUAUCUACCAUUCUCCAGGUCACACACUCCUAAGGAAAUGGCUAGGCCUCUGCCAGCCAAACAACCCCAGCAGUGGUGUGAGAGGCUACUUGAAAGUCACCAUCUGUGCCCUCGGUGUGGGAGAUCAGGCCCUGGUAGAUCAAAAGUUGCUCUAUGGGGCUGAUGACACCGAUAUUCAGAUCUUCAAGUCAGCGGCAGUCCCGAUCAACAUGGCUUACUUACAGUUCUUCAUCUACUGUGCAGAGGACCUUCACCUCAAGAAACACCAGUCAAUGAAUCCUCAGUUGGAGGUGGAACUAAUUGGGAAAAAGCUCAGGACACACAUGCAGACCCAAACCGACAACCCGAUAUGGAACCAGAUCCUGACCUUCCAGAUUCAGCUACCCUGCCUCUCCAGCUACAUCAAGUUCAGAAUCUUGGACUGCCACAGGAAGGACUGCUCGGAUGAGAUUGGGACUGCCAGCCUGUUCCUCAACCAGAUCUCGUCCACCGGAGAAGAGAUUGAAGGAGUGUACUCUGGCUUCCUGCCCUGCUUUGGCCCCAGCUUCCUGACUCUGCACGGGGGUAAAAAGGCCCCUUUCAGGAUCCAGGAAGAAGGCGCUUGUAUUCCUGACUCUGUUAGGGAUGGUUUAGCUUAUCGAGGCCGAGUCUUCCUGGAGUUAAUCACCGAAAUCAAGUUCCAUCAAGACUCCACGAUAAAGGAUCUCUCCCAUGAAGUGACCAGGAUAGAGAAACACCAGAACCGCCAGAAGUAUGGGCUGUGUGUCAUCUUCCUCUCCUGUACCAUGAUGCCCAGCUUUAAAGACCUGAUCCAAUUCGAGGUCAGCAUCGGUCACUAUGGGAACAAGAUGGACCUGAAUUACAAGCCUCUAGUAUCAAGCACACAAUACAGCCCAGUGAUACAUGAUGGGAACAUCUACCAUUAUGUGCCCUGGUAUGACACCAAGCCUGUCGUGGCUGUGACCUCCAACUGGGAGGACAUCAGCUUCCGAAUGAACUGCCUUAACCUCCUCCACUUCACUCGGGACCGCCUGAAAGUCAACCUGGACACCCUGAAAUCCAUUCGGAAUCCGAAGGACCCAGCUCUGCUCCACCAGUGGGAGAAACUGCUGAGGGAGCUGGCGGAGGACUGCAAGCACCCUCUGCCCUGCAUGACCGAUCAGCCCAAAGCCACCAGUCUGGACAGGAAGAGGUGGCAGCUCCGCAGCCUUCUACUGCAGGAACUGGCCCAAAAGGCCAAGCAAGCCAAGCCCAGGGACAUGGUGGCCACGGUGGAGGACUGGCUGUACCGCCUCAACGCUGUGCUCCCCGAGCCCCAGAUGGGCCUCCCUGACGUGAUGAUCUGGCUGGUGGCCAAGGAGCAGCGAGUGGCCUAUGCACAGGUGCCCGCCCACUCUGUGCUCUUCUCCCCAGCAGGGGUUCUGCACUCCGGCAGGCUCUGUGGGAAGAUACAGACACUUUUCCUACAGUACCCAGAGGGUGAAGGACAGAAGGAUGUGCUCCCAGCCCACCUCCGGGUCUGCAUGUGGCUUGGCAAUGUCACAGACAGCAAGAACCUGCAGCUGCUCCGCCAGGGUGACACAGCAGUGUACGCUGAGAUGUAUGAGAAUCAAGCCAAGCAUAAAGACCAGUGGGGGCAGCAGGGGCUAUAUCGCUGCCCCAACUUCUCGGAUGUCAUGGGGAAGAAGACCCUCCCCAUGACCGAUUUCCAGCCACCCCUGGGAUGGCACUGGCAGGACAACUGGACAGUGGACCCUCAGAGGAGACUCCUCCUGGACAUAGACAUCAACAAGAGCCAGGUGUUGGAGGAGGUAUAUGAGAACCAGGUCCGCGAUGCCAGAGGCACCUGGGGGCCUGCUACCAUCCCAAACACAGACGUGAAUGGACAGCCCAUGGAGGCCCGGGAGAACGUGAAGUGCCCCCAAGGCUGGCACUUUAAGAAGGACUGGGCGGUGGAGCUGAACCAUGCAGUGGACAGUAAGGGCUGGGAGUAUGGAAUGGACAUCCCAUCCUUGGGCCAGCCCCAGGUCUGGAGCCCUGUAGAGAAGACCUACCACUCAUGCCGCCGACGGCGCUGGGCACGUGUGCGUUUCCGGAACCAUGGGGAGCUGAGCCAUGAGCAGGAGGCCCUCUCCUUCCUGAAGCUGGGCCUGGUCGAGGACGAGGAGGAGGGCUGGGAGUACGGCACCUUCGGCUCCAGGUUCCACCUCAACCCUCAGCCCCAGAGCAAGUUCCGCCGUCGCUGCUGGCGCCGCAGGCUGGCCCCCAACAAGGACAAGGGCAUCGCACCCAUAUUCCUCCUGGAGGGGUCCUUGGCUAUGGAUGUGAAAUAUGCUGGGAAGGAAGAGGACAGCAAGACAUGGCCAUUGCGUCUGGACAGACAGUUCAGGGACCCCCUGAGGCAGGACACCCGGCCCCCCAACAUGCCCUUCAUCUACUGCACCUUCAAUAAGCCCCACUACUACCAGCUCUUCUGCUAUAUCUACCAGGCCCGGAACCUGGUGUCCAACCAGAUCCUGACAUUCCAAGGGCCCUUCAUUCGAGUGGUCUUCCUGAACCACAGCCAGUGCACCCAAACCCUAAGAAGCUCUGCAGGCCCCACAUGGGCCCAGACACUCAUCUUCCAGCACCUCCUUCUGUACGAAAACCCACAGGACACCAAAGAGAGCCCGCCACUUGUGGUGCUGGAGCUGUGGCAGCACGAUUCCUGGGGCAAGAAGAGCUUGUGGGGACGGAGCAUGUGGCCCCCGCUCGUCUGGCUGGAUCUCCAGGACCGGAUCCUGCCCCCCAUGAGGUGGCACCCCCUUGUAAAGGAGUUGGGGAAGGAAGAGGGCGAGAUCUUGGCAUCCUGUGAGCUGAUCCUUGAGACUGAGAAGCUGAGAGAGAAGCAGCUGCCGAUCUUAAGCAUUCCCUGGAAGAAUGGGGCAUACACGCUCCCCAAGAACAUCCAGCCCACGAUAAAGAGGAUGGCCAUUGAGAUCCUGGCCUGGGGCCUUCGGAACAUGAAGAAGGCGAGCUCCCCUCAUCUCCUAGUGGAAUUCGGGGAAGAGUCCCUGAAGACAGAACCCAUCAGGGACUUUCAGACCAACCCCAACUUUCCUGAGUCAGUCCUAGUCCUCACAGUGCUCAUGCCAACAGAGGAGGCUUACGCACUGCCCCUGGUGGUGAAGGUGGUGGACAACUGGGCCUUCGGCCAGCAGACCGUGACGGGCCAGGCCAACAUCGACUUCCUCCAGCCCUACUUCUGUGACCCCUGGGCUCCGGACUACAUGCACCCAAAGCUUCCAACACUGUCUGAGAAGAAGCACCAGGACUUCCUAGGCUACCUCUACGAAAAGUUCUGGUUCAAGUCCAGUAAAGCAGAGGAUGAGUAUGAGCACGAGGUGGACUGGUGGAGCAAGCUGUUCUGGGCCACAGAUGAGCACAAGUCCCCGAAGUACGAGUACAAAGACUACCACACCCUCAAGGUGUAUGACUGUGAGCUGGAGGCUGUGCCAGCCUUCCAGGGCCUGCAGGACUUCUGCCAGACCUUCAAACUCUACCAGGAGCAGCCCAAGUUGGACAGCCCCGUGGUAGGGGAGUUCAAGGGCCUUUUCCGCAUCUACCCCUUUCCUGAGAAUCCAGAAGCCCCAAAGCCCCCGCUCCAGUUCUUGGUUUGGCCAGAGAGAGAGGACUUCCCCCAGCCGUGCUUGGUGCGGGUAUACGUGGUACGAGCCAUCAACCUGCAGCCCCAGGACUACAAUGGCCUGUGUGACCCUUAUGUGAUCCUGAAACUGGGGAAGACAGAGCUUGGCAACCGGGACACGUACCAGCCCAAUACUCUGGAUCCCAUCUUUGGCACGAUGUUUGAACUCACCUGCAACAUCCCCCUGGAGAAAGACCUAGAGAUCCAGCUCUAUGACUUCGACCUAUUUUCACCUGAUGAUAAGAUCGGAACCACAGUCAUCGACCUUGAAAACCGACUCCUGUCUGGCUUUGGAGCUCAUUGUGGGCUCUCCAAAUCCUACUGCCAGUCAGGGCCCUUUAGAUGGCGGGAUCAGAUGCCCCCAAGCUACCUCCUAGAACGCUAUGCCAAGAGGAAAGGGCUGCCUCCGCCUCUGUUUAGUCCUGAGGAAGAUGCUGUUUUCUAUAAUGGGAAAAAAUUCAAGCUGCAAAGCUUUGAGCCCCAAACCCCUACUCUUCAUGGUUUGGGACCCAAGAAGGAACGCCUUGCACUGUACCUCCUGCACACCCAGGGGCUGGUACCUGAGCACGUGGAGACCCGCACGCUGUACAGUGACAGCCAGCCAGGCAUUGACCAGGGAAAGGUGCAAAUGUGGGUGGACAUCUUCCCCAAGAAGCUGGGGCCUCCUGGCCCCCAAGUCAACAUCAAGCCCAGAAAGCCUAAACGGUAUGAGCUGCGCUGCAUCAUCUGGAAGACUGCCAAUGUGGACCUGGUGGAUGAAAAUUUAAGUAGAGAGAAGACGAGUGACAUCUACAUCAAAGGGUGGUUAUAUGGGCUGGAGAAAGACAUGCAGAAGACAGAUAUCCACUACUACUCACUAACUGGGGAGGCCAACUUCAACUGGCGGUUCAUCUUUACUAUGGACUACCUGGCGACAGAGCACAUGUGCGUCCAGAGCCAGAAGGAUUACAUAUGGAGCCUGGAUGCCACGUCAAUGAAGUUCCCAGCCCGACUCAUCAUCCAGGUCUGGGACAAUGACACCUUCACCCCCGACGACUUCCUAGGGGUCCUGGAGCUGGAUUUAUCUGACAUGCCCCUCCCGGCUCGGCACGCCAAGCAGUGCUCCAUCAGGAUGAUGGACGCUAACCCCAAGUGGCCCUAUUCCCUCCGAUAUAAGCACUUCUCCCUCUUUAAGAAGAAAACUGUGACUGGCUGGUGGCCUUGCCAGGUCCUCGAUGGUGGCAAAUGGCGCUUGUCGGGCAAAGUAAAGAUGACCCUGGAGAUUCUGUCAGAGAAAGAAGCCUUAAUCAAGCCAGCCGGGCGAGGCCAGUCGGAACCCAACCAGUACCCUACACUUCAUCCUCCUCUACGCACCAACACCUCUUUCAUGUGGUUGCGAUCACCAGUUCAACAUUUCUGCUAUAUUUUCUGGAAACGGUAUCGCUUCAAAUUCGUAGCCUUUAUGGUCAUAUUGAUUAUAGCACUUAUGCUGUUCAACUUUAUCUAUUCAGCUCCGCACUAUUUGGCCAUGAACUUGAUCAAACCUCACCUUCAGCUGUAUCCUCCCAUUAAAAUAUUCAAUAUCAUCACUUCAGUAAACACCAGCAAUGCCAGCUCUUCUAUCCUUCCCACCCAGGAUCCAAACCUAAAGCCUACAAUAGACCAUGAAUGGAAACUCCACCCAGGACCCAGGAUUCACCUGAGUGACAUUUUCCCAGAACUUCCAGCCCCACAAGACUAAUUUGCUCAUGCUGCCUGGUUUUCCUCCUGCUACCAACAGCCCUCCCCUUAGGCUGCCUACCAGUUCUUUGUUUCUAUCUUCUAGAAUACAUGCAAUGUGCUGGGAAUAUUCUGGCUAUUGUGUUCAGAAAUCACUUUCAACAAGAAGAGCAGAGCUGUAAUUUUCCACUGAAAUAAACAAGUUUUAUAACA